GAAAUUCCCUACUAAGUUUAUAUCUGCUCUUAGUUUCGUAAAUUACUCGCCCAGGUUUUUGGUACCUGUUCCGUCCAAUCUGCAUGCUUACCUUGGUUCGUCCUUGUUUUGUGUAAUCUGAAAUAGUGUUAUUGUCAUGAUGAUUUUAAUCCAUAUUCAAACUCAAAAUCAAUUCAGAUGCCGAGAGAAUGAAGAAGAAAGUAGCCGCAGUAAAACCACCUACCGUUUCAUGCGGAGAACACGAAUUCUCUGAUACGGAUAUUAGCAAAUUUCGUUCCAGUCUUAUCGAGUGGUAUUUCAAGAAUGGGAGAUCCCUUCCUUGGAGGGAUAGGGGCAGGGCAGAGAAGGAUGACAACGUUCGAGGAUAUUCUAUUUUAGUCUCCGAGAUAAUGCUUCAACAGACCCAGGUUGCUACAGUGAUUGAUUAUUAUAACAAGUGGAUGAAACGUUGGCCGGAUACAGCGUCCUUGAGUAAAACGAGCUUGGAGGAGAUAAACCAGUGCUGGGCUGGACUAGGAUACUACAGCAGGGCGAGAAGACUGUGGGAGAGUGCUAAGAUGAUAGAAGAUGAUAUGAACGGAGUGAUGCCACGAAGCUCAGGAGAUCUUCAGAAACUGCCAGGAGUAGGACGAUACACCGCCGCGGCGGUCUCCAGUAUUGCUUAUGGAGAGGUCACUGGUCUUGUGGAUGGAAACGUUCUUAGAGUCCUGUCAAGGAUGAGGACAAUUGGAGCCGAGAUAGAUUCACCCGUUGCUGUAGACUGGAUCUGGAAGUUGGCUGGUGAUAUAGUGGAUCCGGAGAAACCUGGUGAUUUCAACCAAGCUCUGAUGGAGCUUGGAGCUACAGUCUGUUCUCCAAAAAAUCCAAACUGUACCUCUUGUCCUGUUAAACAGGUUUGUAAAGCAGCUAAAUCUAUUCCUGACAUUGAAGAUUCGUGCCAACUCUGUCUCAAGGAUCUUUAUGAUCCUAACCUUAAAGUUAUGAAUUUCCCUAGAAAGAGCAAGAAGGCUGCUAGUAGGGAUGAAACCACACUGGUCUUGGCCUUGACAAGAGACGAGAAUGGAGAAAAAACUUUUGCUGUACAAAGGAGACCAGAGACGGGACUGCUGGCAAACCUCUGGGAACUUCUUUCUGUUCCAUCCCAGCAGGGUUCCACGGGAGAGGAGGAGAAAACAACCAUUCAAUCUUUCCUGGAGGAGAGAAAACUUCUUUACUCAGGGUUGAAGAGAAAAGGAGAAGUUUCUCAUGUGUUCUCUCACAUCAACAUGACCUAUGUUGUAUACUCGGCUACCAGUACUGGAGAAGAUUCUCUGGAAUAUCUCAGUUCUAAAGAGUUCCUGGAAAAAGGAACCUCGACCGCUAUGAAGAAAGUUGUCAAAUUUCUAGAAAAUAAACCGGAGCAAAAGAAACGGAAAAGCGAAGCAGGAACUCCGGAUCCAAAGCAGCGUUCUAUAAAUUCAUUCUUUAAACCUAAACCCCAAAAGUGACUUCUGAGUUUUAAAUUACAAAGUACAAAAUGUUAAUUAUUUUUUACUAUGCAUGAAUGAUCUAAUUUUUAAGGUCUGACAGAUUCAAUAAUCACAUUAUUUUCAGAA